AAUCAAGAGUGUGUGUAUGCAAAGCCAAGAGCUACAUGUGCUGCCGCCCAGUCCCACAUUAGAAUCCAUAAACAAAACUGGAAGCCAUUUAGAGCCGCCACUGCAGCCACUCCAUCGACAGGAAAGCACCUCGACAGCCACGCGGAAAAUGAAACCAAAGCAGAAGACUUCAGCUCUAACGCUGCCGCUGGCGACGGGCAACCUCAUGCUCCUCGCCAUGCUGAUGGGUCUUCUGGUGGCCUCCAUCCAAGCCAUCGAUCAGAAAUCCGUGAAACCAUCGGCGGCAGCGCCCUCAUCGUCACGAGAUUCUCCCAUCUAUAUCGACGAUGACAGCAUCGAAGGAUCUGGUGGACGCGGCGGGAUUCACGACGAUCUAGAGAAAGAUCCGGACUACUCUGGCUCCGGCUUUGGACCCGAUGACGAGGACGCCGAGCCCGACCACCAUUCGCACGGUUCGCACAACUCGCAGCACUCGCAGAACGGAGCCGGCGGCGGUGCCAGCAUAAACACAGCUCAUACACCAACAGACACCUCAUCCACAAUCUCGACACCAACGACUGCGAAUUGGAACACAACCACCACAACAACGACCACCACAGCAACGCCAACCACCACCAGUGCAUCAUCUCCAACAACAACAACAGCAGCAACCAACAACAACAAUGGGCCAACCAACUCCAUUUCUGGCCAGAGAGAGAACGAUACCGAUAUCUUUCGUCAACCCGAAAUGCCCAUUUUCGAUCCCCAUGUGGACACCGAGGGCAGUGGUGAUAGCCAUGAUGACGACGAUGACGACGGCGACUUUGAUGCUGACAACGACAACGACAACGACGACGAUGGCGAUGGCGGCGAUGACGAAUACGAUUAUGCGGACCGCAACAUCGAUGCUCCUGGCACGAGGACUGACGACGAAGUGAAGCCAGAGGACGAGAUUCCCACGAACAACCACGACUUCACAGACUUUGACAAGGAUACCAUCGACCUGGACGAGGAUAUCAAGAAGGAGGACGUGGUCCCGGAUGUUGGUGGUGCUGCUGGUGGUGCUGUUGAUGGCGUUUCCACCAGAACCGACUUUGGUCCUGUCAUUGGCCGUGGCAACGAUGGAGGUUCGAACCCAGAGCGCGAACCCGGCGCAGGUGGCAACAGCAACGUCCACGCCUUGGACCCCAACACGAACGUGAACAGCCAGCCCUCCGACACAAAGAGCACCGAUCACAGGGGCAACGGCAACGAGGUUGUCAUCAUGAGCGAGGACGAUCGCACGUCGAGCUUCUUCUCGCAGCCCGGCAUUCUGGCUGCUGUCAUUGGCGGAGCCGUCGUUGGACUGCUCUGCGCCAUACUGGUGGUAAUGUUCAUCGUCUACCGCAUGCGGAAAAAGGACGAGGGAUCCUAUGCCCUGGAUGAACCGAAACGCUCUCCGGCCAACAAUUCGUAUGCGAAAAAUGCGAACAAUCGCGAGUUUUACGCCUGAGAUAAUGGCACGUCGCGCAGGUAUUAAGUUGGCCACGACUGCAGGAGAAAAUCAAAGGGAUAGACUCCGGGUCUGGGUGUGGUGAGGCGAUGCGGAAUGGAGCGGAGGCGAUGGAGUCGGGGGAGCUCAACUGGAUACACUGUGCGGAGUGGUAGUGCAAUGCCAUCAGCAACCCACUAAACCAUGGAUAACUCAUCGGCAG